GUCACGUUGGCAGCGUACUGAUUUCUCCUCAGCAGCACGUGAACGCACCCCUCUCUUCUGAUUGGUCAUCCUUCCUUCUGUGCUGGUCAUCUCUCCUCUCUGAUUGGUUGUGUCUCCUGCCAGUUGACACAUUUUCCCGCCUCUCAUAACAGCGGGGCGGGCCCUGGGUGUGUGUACGCUGUGUGACGUGAUUAGUGAUCCAUCCAUGCCAUGAUGGCGGCAGCUGCGGCGGAGCGGGGCGGCGGUCCCGGUUCUUCUCCCGGUUCUUCUCCCGGUUCCUCCCGGCCGCCGGCCGCGGAGUACUCGGUGCUGGUGGCGGUGGGAGCGCUGCGGCCCGCCGGCUUGCUGGAGCGGCUGCUGCGGCAGAUAGACUCAGGAGUGCGUUGUUGGCCUGUAGAUCUGGAUGUUUCUGUUCUGGAUCAGCAGCUGAAGCUCUUCGUGUCGAGACACUCGGCCUUCCUGUCAGAGGACGAACCAGGUCAGCGGACGCUGCAGCACAGCGGAGACGUUCUGGACACGCAGGUUGUUGUGAAUCCAUCUCAUGACUUCCUCUGCUCCGAGGUCCGGCGGCUGCUCUGUGAUUCUUCUCGACACAAACUGUUGGUUCUGGCCGGUCAGUGUGUGGAACAGAGCGGAGACAUCGUGUUACAGAAAGGCUGCUUCUCGCUCAACGACUUCAUCCACAUAUUUGCUGAUGAGGAGGUUGGAGAGUUGUUGAGCUCAGCAGAUCCGGCGGUAAAGGCCAGCCUCACCCUGAGCUGUCCAAACUACGGUCUCUGGAAGGAUUCUGUGUUGAAGAAACACAACCUGCAAGACUUUAUAAACAUCCAAAUCAACCCUCCGCUGGUCCUCCCAGAGAUGGAAGGUCUGCAGGAGUUCACAGAGUACCUCUCUGAGUCUCUGGAGCCCGAGUCGCUUUUCGACCUCCUGGAGCCCCCGAGCACUGUGGGAUUCCUGAAACUCUCUCGGCCCUGCUGCUACAUCUUCCCCGGUGGGAGGGGGGACUCUGCCUUCUUUGCUGUUAAUGGUUUCAACGUCCUGGUGAACGGUGGCUCCGACCUUCGUUCCUGCUUCUGGAAACUGGUCCGGCAUCUGGACAGAAUCGACUCGGUACUCCUGACCCACAUCGGUGUGGACAAUCUCCCCGGGCUGAACAGUCUGCUGCUGAGGAAAGUAGCCGAGCAGGACGAGGAGUCUGCUGGAUCUCACACUGAAGAGGACUGGAUGAAAAACCUCAUCUCGCCUGAGAUUGGGGUGGUUUUCGUCAAUGUCCCAGACCGAUUAAAGUCCAUCCAGGGAGAUCCCAGUGAGCUGCGGAGUGGGGACCAGGUAGCGCUCACUCUGCAGCACCUGCAAAGACUCUCAAUUAAACCAGAACCCCUCAGCCGGUCUAACGGACCCAGUAUUGAACCGGUUAUCUUAUUUCAAAAGAUGGGAGUUGGCCGUCUGGAGCUGUACACUCUGAAUCCUGUCAGCGGCAGUAAAGAACUCGAAGCUUUGAUGCAGAUUUGGCCAAACAACGGAUCAAAUGUAAAGGGCUCAGAUCUUCCACUACCAUGCCUUGUUUCCAUUUGUGCUUUGCUGGUCUGGCAUCCUUCAAGCCCUCAGGAGAAGAUCAUCCGUGUUCUUUUCCCUGGGUGCACGCCACAGGCCAAAAUUCUUGAUGGACUUGAAAAACUCAAACAUCUAGAUUUUCUCAAAGUUCCAGCAGUGUGUUUGAGGGACCUAGAAACAUCCAAAACUGAGAAACAACCAAAACGAGCAGAGAGUCGAGAAAGCCUUAAGUCGCAGUCUAAGGACUUCAGACCCAGUAGUGCCUUGCAGAAAGACAAGCUUGGACGAGCUGACAUUAAAAAACAGGAGGUGAAAAUGAAGCCAAAGGCAGCAGGUGACACUGCACCUAAAGAGAAGAAGGACGGAGAUGAAAAGCCUAAACUGAAGGAUGCAGAUGUAAAGUCAAAGCCACCAAAACCUGCUGAAAAGCUUGUUCCAAAGAAAGAUCUGUUAAAAGAAGAGAAGAAGGAAGUGAAAAAGAAGGAUGAGAAAGUUCCUGCUGCUGUUGUAAAGAAGGAAGAGAGUGGGGAGAAAAAGAAAGAGGUUAUAAAGAAGGAAACGCUAAGUACAAAACCAAAGAAAGACAUUAAACCUGAACCAAAAAGAGACAGCAAGAGGGACAUAAAACCGGAGGAGAAGAAAACGGCAAAACCAGCCAUUAAAGAAGUGAAGAAAGCAACAAGUGGAGCUUCAAGUGCCGGAUCAACAGCAAGCACGGAACUAAAAAAUACUUCAGCCAAGAGUGGAACUCUGAAGAAAGACGGGACUAUUCCAAAGAAAGACACUUUGAACAAAGGGACAAAAGGAAAGCCAGGUACAAAGGAAAUCCAGAAGGAGGCUGAACGCUCCAAGAUGUCAACACCUGAGGACAUGACGGCUGAAUUUGAAAGUCUUAGGCUGGAAGACAACAAUGGGAACAAUGGUAAAAAUUCAAAGACCUCAGCAGUCAGGAAUUCUGGUGGAGCAAAGGCCAGUGGGAACCAGAAGACCUUGACCAUAGAGAGUCCAGAGAAGUUCCGCUGUAUGGAGACAAAUGUCUCCUCACCUCUUGCAAAGACACCAAAAGGUGACCUCAGUGUUAACUUUGAUCUCAAUACGAGUGCAUACCAGCUGGGCGAGAGCUCGUUUAAAAACGGUCAAGAUGACAUCUGCAUGAGCUUAGAGGAAAAAACUCUGGAGCUGGUUUCUCCUGCAGAUUCUGCCCCCAACAGUGCAGGACAUACCCCUUUCCAUCAUGACGACAGUAGCCUCGGUGCCAGAGGAUCCAGUCUGGGCUUCGAGGAUUACAACCAGGGAGGUUCUUGCAGGACCUCAGACCUGAGCUCUCUGAGGGAAGGCCUGGAAAACUCCACUUCCUCUCAGGAUAAACAGUCCAGCCUUUUGACCCUCAGUCCUUUCAAAGACAUUAUGCCGGACUCCUCCCCCACCAUAACCUCCAUGCCCGCUGAAGUUGGCUCGCCUCACUCUACAGAAGUUGAUGAAUCUCUGUCGGUUUCUUUAGAGCAAGGGCUGCCACCUACUGCAGUAUCGCCCAAAGGACUCAUGGGAGAUAAACUCUACUCCAAUGGACACUUCAGUGACUCAGACUCCAACACAGGGAUGGCCUUACCUCUGCGAUCGUCCCUUAAUGGGCGUUGUGGAAAUGGAUCUGAGGAACACAUCCACGGGAUGUCAGAACUCAUUGCAGAUGUUCCACAUGAUGUUGAUCUCUGCUUGGUAUCGCCCUGUGAGUUUCAGCACCCAAAAACCCCAGAGAACCACCAGCAGCAUGUUAACCCUGGCCUCACCGCAGACAACAACAACCACUCCCAGGAUCAGAGCAGCAGUGAAUGCCCUUCAGCCUACAGCCAAGAAACUCCACCCACAUCAGUUAGCGACUCACUCCCGACAGCCACGGACUCUGACGUCCCCCCUGGCACAGAGGACUGUCCUUCCAUCACUGCAGACAUUGACUCUGAUGAUGAUUCCAGUAGUCUCUUCCCACCCAGUCAUCCACAAGAUCAUCUCAGUCCGCACUACCCUCACAGGGCAGGGCAGCUUUCUUCCCAUGACCCGCCACCAGCUCCCGUCAAAGACCUGCCCCCGUUACCUCCUCAGCCUGGAGCCUGCAUGGCCGACGCAGAGGCUGAUGUUGCAAGCAAGAACACAAAGAGCUCAGCUGCCAAGACCAAGAAACCAGCAGGUACCAUGCAGAAGGCAAUGUCUGGAAGUACCGCUGCCCAGAACGGAAAGUCCAAGGCAGGCAGUACCACGGGGUCACUAAAGACCACCUCCAGCCACGACAUGAAGCCAUCAUCCCGAAAUUCACUUGGUGGCUCCAGAAUUGGAUCUGCAAAACCUGCGUUCUCAGCUUCUAAAGCUGCAGGUUCAACAGGUUCUACAGGUUCUGAGGGUUCUGCGGUCUACGUGGACCUGGCCUACCUGCCGUCUGGCUGCGCUGCGUCCACCAUGAACCUGGAGUUCUUCAGACGGCUUCGCUCCUCCUACUACAUUGUGAGCGGAGAGGACCCUGUGAAGGAGGAGGCAAUGAGGAGCAUCCUGGACGCUCUGCUGGAGGGGAAGAGCAGCUGGCCAGACGUCCAGGUGACUCUCAUCCCAACAUUUGAUUCGCUGGCAAUGCAUGAGUGGUACCAGGAGACCCACGACAAGCAGAGGGAGCUGUCGAUCACCGUGCUCGGAAGCAACAGCACAGUGGCCAUGCAGGAGGAGACCUUCCCCGCCUGCAAGGUGGAAUUCUGAGGCUGCAGCUCCGCCCACCAAGAGCCCCUACCACCUAAAACCCCGCCCAUUGAGAACCCCGCCCACCCCACCUCUGAUCAGGUGGACCAGGAGGGUGGAGGAGAUGACUUUGCUGUUGCCAUGGUUAUAGUCAGACAAGACCAGGUUUCCUGAAAUCUGUCGGCUGAACCUGAAAGCCCCGCCCCCUUUGUUCGAGCCAUUUUAUUGAGCAUGCUCAGUCACUACCUGCACAUGCUCUCACUGUUAGUCUGAAGGUCCGUGAGAUAGUUUUAUUUGAAGGUUUAAGUGUCCCGACACAGAGACAGGAAGCUGUCAGGUGUCUUCCUGCACCUGUGUGACAUCAUACCUGUCACCAUCUGUCACUUCUUGUCUGCUGGAUCAGGAGCUCCAGUUUGCCUGUUAGCAAACAUUAGCUCAUUAGCAGGACGCUGGAAAUCAGAGUCUUGAAUGACAGAUACUAAUAUUUCAUAAAUAUGAAAGUUGGAAUUCAUCAUGAGAAGUAAAGUUUGUGUUUAUCCAACAUGUGAACAACAGUCGAUCAAAACGAGCAACCGAAAGAAAAAUUAUUAGAAGCACAAAAGCUCAAAUGUUCACAAAGACCAAUCUGUGGCCUUAAAGAAUCAUUUCACGAAACAUUCCUAACAAGCAGGGAGGGAAUUAAUUCCGUUGGGUUUGAAGCACCAACAUUUAUAGAGUUCAGUAUUCAGUUUUAUUGUUUUUAUGUGAUCUUUAUGUCAGUGUUAUGAGAUGAAGAACAUUUCAAUGUUUCUCCUUCAGUUGAGUUUUCAUGUUUCUGAUCCAGCAGACAGGCCGGACUGUAGAGAAGCUAAAUGUGGGAACACGCUGCCUCCCUUACAGCAGCAACUUUUAAAGGUUUAAUCAUUUGAAGUGUUUAAAUAUCUGCAUGCAGCACCAAGCUCAGACUGAUCGACACUCUGUCACUGUGUGUAGUGAAGGACAAAUGUUUAGAGACACAUUUCCACUUUAACAGAAGUAGUUUUAAUGUUUGAUGAUUGUGUUUUUAGACUGAAGUUCAGCAGGUAGAAUUGUUUCACCUGUGUCCCCUCGGUUUGCUCUGUGGACCGGCUCUAAUGACUACAGUACCCAUGAGUCUCAGCGGUGUUGCUGUGAAGACAACUUCACUCAGAGUUGCAUCAUAUUCCUGAAUUGAUCCAAAAUCAGAAAGUGAAUUGAUUCAAAUGUUUCUGAAUUUCUCCUGUGAGUUUACUCUGCUGUUAUCUGCCUGGCAACACAGUCUGAAGCUCUCUGAUUGGAUAAUUCCUACAGCAAUGGUCUCUGGGACUCGUAGUACUUACCAGAGCUUUUAAAGCAGCCGGUCGACACUGCGGGGAAAAAUCAAUGUACGUAUCAAUACCUGAUCACAAUGUUCCGAGACUUUCUUACUUUUUAUGUUUUGUUUUGUUUUAAAGGAAGACGCCUGAAACUCCCGUUAUUUCUGCCUGUUUACUCUCAGAAAAAAAUCAAAAACCAAACACAUUUCAAUUUUUUAAUUUAUUUAUUUAUUUUAAUUGUUGGUUUUGGUUUUUUUUUUUUUUUUUUUUUAAUACAAAUUGUCCUUUUUAAAUUCACAUCUGCGGUCUGACGACAUCCCGAGUCUGAACUUUGGUACGAGCUUGUCUCCAUCUUAUCAGAAGUUUAACUUUACAAAAAUAUAUUUGAUCAUGUUUGACUCCUAAACAUCCAUUUUUUUAUAUAGAGUUCCUGAUGUUUAUUGAUCAUGGAAACUAUAAGGGCUAAACACAGAAAACAUCCUGAUCAUCUAAUGUUCUUUCGUUGAAAUCAGCUGUAGUUUGAAGCUCGGCAACUCUGAUGUUUCAGAUAUCAUCAGCUGUUAUUGAGUGUCGGUGCCAAAACAAAUACUGAGAUUUAGAGAAUAAAACUGAAAUAUUUUGGGAAAAUUUGCAACCAUAGCAGAAUAAAAUCAAAAAUAAUAUUACAAGAUUAAAAUUUUUAAUAAGAAUUGGAUGUGAAAAAGAUGUAAUUACAGGAAAGAAUCUUAAUACUAUCAGGAAAAAAAAUGAAGGAAGUAAGAGCUGUAAAACUUUCUCAAUAAAUGUUCCAUUUAAUGAGAAAGUUAUAAUACAAAGUUUGAUUUAAUGAGAAAAAUAUGUAGUAUAAGUUGAAAAAUAAUUACAGUAAUUGUUCUCAGAUUUUAGGACAUUGAAAUUAAAUUAAAUCACUGACAUGACGUCUGAGCAGCAUGAUGGUGUUUUUGUAAACUCCGUUUUAUUUCUGGUGUAAAAUUGUUAGUUUGACUUUGUUCUUGCAGUUAUUUCUCUUAAUAUUUAGUGUUUUUUUUUUUUCUUGUAAAAUUACAACUUUAUUCUCAAAAUCUCAGAUCUGCUGCUGACUCCUCCUGGAGAGUCUGACGGCAUCCAUCAUGAAUCAGUGAGAAUCUGACAGCCGUAAAUUAAUUAAAUUAAUUACAAAUUAGACAUAUUUUUUAUCAUGUUUUCACCCUCCACCUCCCACCACACACACACACACACACACACACACACACACACACACACACACACACACACACACACAGUCGUCAGGUUAUUGUGCAUUAUUGAAUAUAGAAACACUAAGUGUAACAAUUCUCUUUCAAAAUAAAAGUAGCCCUUAACAGUG